GUGCUGGCGUAGCUCGCAGGCCGAACGACACAAAAGCGCGUCGCCGCGUUUUUUUCUCACUAAAGUGCAGCAGAAAUGAUUUAUGGCGAAACUAUUUGCGAGCCGCUGCCGCGCGGAGCAACACAAAAUGGCCGCCGCUGGUGUGCGCUGAUCACCGCGUUGGCGACGGCGUUGCUCGUAAUGCGGUGUUUUUCUCGUACCGCCGGACGCCUUCUGUCGUGACGCGAUGCGCUCGCCCUAACGCGAACAUGAGGAAGAUCCUCCUGAAGCCCGUCGAAGGCGGGCAAAAGUCGGUGGAGCUUAAAAUCGGCAAAACCAUCAUCGGCCGGGGCCCUCUUCUAGAAUGCAGCGACAAGAAGGUGUCCAGAAACCAUGCAGUUCUGGAAGUCACCGAAGAUGGCGAAGUCUUUCUCACGCCUACCCAUGUCAACCCCUGUUUCUACCAAGUGCAAGGCAAGGGGCCGUCGAAAGUGAUGAAGAAAGACAAGCAGCAGUUGCUGCAGUCUGGCGAUUCCAUAGCGCUUCUGCCAAACAGCUAUAAAUACAUCGUGGAAAUCAUCAGCUCAUCAUCAACCUCAUCAAUAUCGGCAGACCUAAAAGAAUCCAGGCCUGCAGACGAUGGCGACAACAAGGACAGCAUUGCCGAGAAGCCUGCCACAGCAGUCAUCCCUUCUGAGGAAGCACGGAAAAAUGGCAGCGCCGAAGAGAUUCACUGCUCAGAGGCGACGACGGUCGUCACAAAGGCGGAAAACGGGGAGCGGGGAAGCUCGAAAGAGGCCAGUCCUGAGGCGGUCUCCAAGGUGACCCCGGCAGCGAGGAAGGCUGCUGGUGCACCUGCAAACAAGGGUGGUGAUGACAAUGAGAGCAAGUCGUCGACGGGCGGCACGCGGACACUACCACGCUGGCUGCUAGACAGUGCGGCAAAAUCGGCUACAACUGCGGAGAAUGCGAAAGCCAAGGUCUCUAGUGCACAGAAGGACAAGAAGACCACGGCUGAGUCGGCAACUGCGAGAAAGGCUGGGCGGGCAACGGAGAAGGAGCCGGCCAUGAAAGCCCGUGGAAGGCAAGCGAAGGAAUCCGAGAGUGAGGAUGAACUGGACCAGAAGUCUGAAGAUGAGGACGAAGAGGAGGAAGAAGUGUCUGAAGAAGAGUACAAGCCCAAGAGGAAGAAGCCGGAGCAGGCGGAGCGUCGCCCCGUCGCGGGUUCCUGCAGCAACAGGAAGGGCGGACGCUCUUCGAGGCAAAACCGUGGACUCCUGCAAAAAAUCUCGCUAGACGAUUUCAUCGCGAGCGACGACGACGAGUGGGACAACAGCUCGGAUGAGUGGAAGCCAAAGAAGCGACGAAAACAGGUGGAUGAUUCUGGCAGCGACUGGGAGGAAGAGAAUCGCCGGACCAAGAAGGUGACGCGCUACGCGGCCUCAGACAGUGACUCCGCCAGUGAUUGGGAGCGUGCAAGCCGCCGGAAGAAGCCUGCCACGAGAACGCGAAACAGGCGGAAGAGAUCAUCGUCGGGAAGCGGCAGUUCUGAGGCGAGUGAAAAGGCUCCCGUCAGGAGAGGCCAGAGGGGACAGCCAACUAAGCGGCCCAGCUGCAAGUACGGAAAAAAAUGCUUCAGAAAAAGUUCCCAGCACAUGAAGCAGUUCAGUCACCCUAAGGAUUCUGACUACGAAGGUUCCUCAGGAGACGAAGAUGAGGAGGAGGAAGAGACCAAGGACAACGCCGACGGAAGUGACGCCGAGAGCAGUAGCGACCGUGGCAAGAAACAAACCAAGCGACCGUUGGCCACUGCCGCAAGCAAAAAACGUGCCAAGCCUCGAGUUGAAGAGAGUGAGGAUGAAGAGGAGGACGGGAGCGGGGACGAGGAUGACAGACCCAUGUGCCGAUACGGAAAAGAGUGCUUCAGGAAAAAUGCCCAGCACUUGAAGAACUUCAAGCACCCCCCAGCAGCCAGUAAAAAGAAAGAACCUGCGAAACGGACCAGCAAGAAAGCAGCUAAGGCCCGAGGGAAAGCCAAGGGCUCCUCCGAAGACGAAGCGGAGGCAAGGUCGGGGGACGAGUACGAAUGGAAGGACGAUGAAGAGGAUGACGACAAGGCCAAAAAAACCAACGAAGAAGACAGCAGCAGUGAACAAAAGAAGGCAACGCCUGCCAAGCGGAAACGUGCUGCCGAGCGCAAGGCCGCUGCCAUGUCUGAUGACGAGGACUGAGGGCAUCGCGGAUACGCUGUUGUGUGUGUGGUGUGCCCUUGUGUGUUGCUACACGGUGUUCUCUUGCAGUGGCUUUUUCUUUUUUAACGGCCCACUUCGAGUCCUGCGAUAGUCGUGCUUCUUCAGUGGUGGUGUUACGUGCUCCCAAUGUCUGCCUGCCCGCCCAUCUACCUGCCUGCCUACCUGGUCUGGUGCACUGGAACUCAUCGAAGUACGUUUUUCGUAAUGUUCGGACCAAGGAAGUGACGCCAAAGUGGUCGAUGAACACAUGCUUCGAAAGGAAAGAAGAAAUGAUGCAAGCAUUUCAAGCGGUAAUUUUUUUGUUUUCAUUUAUCAUUUUCACGUUCUUGCCUGUAUCAUAGCUCACCAUUUCUUAUCCUUUUCUUUUUUAAAUGCUUUAAGUUAAUAUGUGACUAGUUUUUUUUUUUUCCACUAUAAUGCUUUCACUAUAAUGCAUUUAUAAGUGCAAAUAAAUAAAAGCUUAAUAAAAUUGAGAAAGCUGUCACGACUGUUCAAGGAUUGCUCAUAGUCAGCUAAGAAUGGAACCACUGUGUCGCUGUCUGCCAGGGUGGUUGUAGAUAAUGACGGUAACACUGCGGUGCUCUUCUCUGAGCAAGCCUUAGUUUUAUAUUAAGCCAGUGGAAUACAAACAUCUCCAUGCAUGCAGUCAAAAAUAACUCGACAAGGAGGCCUUAUUGGUCUUUUUAAAUAAAACUUCACAGUUGAGGAAUGGACCAUAAACUUUCGCAACCGAGGAUGGUGUGCGUCGCACGACAUGUCUAAAUGUUGCUCUAGGCAAAGCUUAUCGGCCAAUGUGCCGAUUACAUGUCAUAAUUUUGUGUCUGUGCCAGGACGAAGUCGCAAACAGCAGUGUGGGUGAUGGCAUUAUGUAGCACCAUGCUCAGGAAAACUGUGUGGGGGCCGAGUACACCCCGUGGCCGUGUAAUAAUUUCUGGCGGCUUAUACAUUAUCGUGAAGAUGAAUUCUGCCUACUAAGUGUCAUAUCUUUAAAACCCUGCCAAGCAGUCUUGUAAGACAGGUGCCCCACUUAGUACUGGUCUGCACACUGUCAUCAUAGGUGCGGCAGUGUGACAUUGUGUGACAGUGGUUUUCGCACAUUGUAACUGCGGUGUGACAUUGUGAUACUAUGUGCACAGUGACGUUGUACCACAGUGAUUAUGGUGCACCGUAAUACUGGUCUGCACACUGUCAGUACAGUGCAGCAGUGUGACAUUGUUUUUUGCACACUGUUGCUGUGGUGUGACAUUGCAACUCUAUGAUGUGACAGCGAGGUUUCCACCUACUCUCACUAUGGUGCAACAGUGUUUGACGCUGGUUUGCAUCCUGUGACAGUGAGUGGAUGUGGUUUGCACACAGCGUCACUAUGGUGCCAGCGUGACACCAUGGUUUGACAAACUGUUUUUCACAGACUGUCGCUCCCGCUGCGCCUAACGUUCACAUUUUAAAGCGACAGCUUUCGUAUGUGCACCAUUCUGUCUUAAAGACCCUCUGGUAAGCCUUGCUUCAUGUCCAGGUUAUGCGUUCACAUUGUAAUUUCAUAAUCAAUGGAUCUUCAUAGGCUAUCGAAUUUGACAAGUAUUGGAAUUUUGUAGAACUGCCCUGUCUGACGUGUUGAUUCAUUUGGGUUUCAUUCUUGACUGACUGUCACAGCUGUCUGUCAUGUUGCACUCAUUCAAGCACCAACUUGGUGACAAAAAAAAAUACAGUCUAAUGCGCACGUUGUAGUGACAGACUUGUACUUAGGUACCGUGUACUGAAGCAUGUAUUAGUGCCAGAAGUGAGCAUUCUACACAGUAGUGCAACUCCCGAAAAGGUCACGCUGUCCACACCGUGGAAGGAAUAACCUUUUAACACUCUUCGUCAGUGUGAGUGAUGUAAAUAAGUCAUGUGGUAAUGCAUAAGCUUGUUCAUGAAGAAGGCAUAUCGAAAUAUUUUUAUUUAUUCUUUUAAAGUUUCGGAGGCUCAUUCUUUUUGAUCCUUGGGCUGACCUGCAGUUUCUUUCCCCAUGAUAUAGAUUUUUUUUUGUAGGGGUGAGGAGGUGACGUGGAAAUCUUUUUAAAAGAAAUGAGCGUGUGUAACUAUGAGAAAAAUUUUGAGCAACUGCCAAGACCUCGACUGCACUACCCUUUUACCACUGCUAUCUUGAAGUGUCUGUAAAUGUCUCGUGUACGUAAAAAAGUGGGGGCAUUCUGAAAAUGGAGAAACAAAUUAUCGGUUAAUUGGGGCCGAUUGUUGUUAUUACCCAGCACAGCUUUGGACAACGUAAUCCAUAACAUGUGACCCUUCGGGGUAAAAGGCAGAUUGUCCAAGUCUUUAAAAAGUCAUAUCAGCAUUGAUCGUGUCAUUGCCAAUCUGUAAUAUUUCACCAACGUUCUGUUUGUCUUCAAAUUGAAAGUACCUGCUCUUGGUUUAGAGUGAAUGCAUUGCUAGGAGCCGACAUUGGUCAUCAGAUUUACCCCGUCUUCAUGCCGCCUCGUUCACUUGCGGGGAGCUCGAACGACCUGACAGUUUGCACUAGUGUACCACCUCUGUGUCAUUCUCAUCUAUCUAGUUGGGAAGCACAGUGUUUCCUACAGUAACUACUAGAGACAUCUAGUGCUAAUGUGAGCAGGAUCUUUAAAUGAUGUGCUUCAGACCAGAAUGUGAACGAUGGGCAACACACAGAUUUAACUAUAUUUAGUACUUUCAGUGUGGUUUUUCUGGCCAGUUGGUUUGAAACAUUUUAAGGACUCUGCACUUAAUUACUCCUGCAAGAGUGGUGACUGAGUUGAACGUUAGCACUUGUGUUGUUUCUCCUUCUUGUUCGUCUUUUUUGAUGCUACGACCCCUUCAGAUUUAUUCUCCUUGCUUUGUACGACACUUUUACUUUGAAAACCUCCAAUUAACAAUGAAGUAUUGCAUUGUCAAUGCAACAAUUGGCAAUGAAUAUGUGUGUGCACAGGUGCAUAUCGUCUUGGUGCGGUUCGAAAAAUCUGAUCGCCAUUGUUGCCUCCAUUACUGGUGCCUAGAUUUAGUAGCAUCUAUAAUGAUCUAAGUGCCAGAUGUUGUGUUUCGGUAUGAAGCUUUUUUUUUUUUUACUAGCAUGGGAUGUUUUAGUGUUUUCAAGUGCGUAAAAGAGUAGAUAUGCCUUCUAAACAUUUAAUUGCAAUCACUCUCUUCCAUUAGCUCAGGACAAGUGUGCCACAGUAUUUUCAUGAAGCUAUGGCUUGAUGUACUGCAGUCGUAGAACAAAGGAAGUGUCUCUUGGCAUUUGGUAGUAGUCCCAUUUUAUAAUAGGACCUUAAAAUGCUCACUAAAGCUGUCUUGCACUUCGGUGGGAACGGCGUCUGAAGUCGGUUUUUAAAACAUAGUGCGGCUGCAUUGGCUUUUUAUCCACACUGCUCUUCCGGGCACGCAGGCUUGGUGUCGAAUCGGUCAGAUAACACAAGAGAAACGCAGCAAUAGCUUUAGUUUUUAGCGCCAAUAACCUUAUUACAUGGAACGAAUAUUAGUCGUGAAAGUGGCCUCUCAGUUUUUCCCGCCUCUCCUGUAAGAAGAAAAGGCAGCAUGUGCUUACUCUUCAGUGUUGAGAAACAUGAAUGGAAAUGCAUUGUCAGGCCGAACAACAUUGCAAGUAAUGCCAAAAACUAUACUCGAGACAGUCAAAUGCCAUAAUGCAUUAGCAUUGCAAACCAUGUCAAGAGAUGUAGGGCAAUGCUUUAUCUUUCAAUGCUUAUCUUUCAGCUGAUGCUGGAAAACAGUGAUAAUAAAUAAAACCACCAGGACAUUUGAAGCCAUGCACACAAAGGCUAGACAAAUCGGUGUAUUACCCAUCGUUCCCAUGGUAGCUGAAUGGUCAGUGCCAAAGUUGCCUCUGGUAAUUACUCUUGGAAAUCUUAGGGACUAUGGCACUCUUUAUCUCUUUGUAGCAUGUUUCAGUGUUUAUGAAAUUUAUAAUGAAGGAAUGUUUUACGGACCACGUACUUCAUUUUUUUUUCUCUCAUGUGUGUGUAUAUAUAUAUAUGUACUAUGUGAGUAACGAGCAAAUUCGGACUGCUGUCCCUGUGCAAUUCUGUCAGAGGUGGUAGAUUUCAAUUCAAUACAAAGAGUGUCUUGGAAUAUUGAAUGCGACUACAAUAACUGAAAAGAGUGUAUUUAUGUACGCCUGUUGGCACACAAACAAAGAAGACAAAGUCUAUGCAGUCGACAAAGUCUUGCAGGAUGACUACACAUAGGCACGUAACAUUAAUCAGUGCUAAAAGAUUUCAAUACUGCUACUUGCCAAGCCUGUAGCGUAUUCAAAAUCAGCCUACUGGUGUAGGCUGUAAGUAUGCUACAUUUUCAGCUCCUGUGUUGUCACAGAGCUGUGAAAUCGAACAUGUACUCAUUAACAGAGACCACUGACUUGCAACCUUCUAGGUAGUCUCUAACUAGUGUUUUGCCAGACGUGGAUCACUUCACAUGUUAACAAAAGACGCUUGACAAUAAAAAUGUGACGUGACGUUAGUAUAAUGCUUUAUUUUUCUUCCUGGCGAACUCCCUGACCUUUUUUUAAUGGAUUGGUUUGCAGUUAAAAAAUGUGGUGCGUGCAUUGCACUUUGUGGAUAACGAAUUCAAAAUAUGCAUACCUGUCUUGCUUCUUGCAUGCUAAUGCAAUGUUAGUGGCAAUCACUGCAAAGUAAUUCCUCUUGAUUGUGGUCCAGCAUGCUAUCAUUGUCAUUUUUGCUAUGCAUCAUUUACUCUAUUGAUAUGGUAGCUUGCAAUGAAGUGUUUAGGUAUUUUUUAAAGACCACAUAUCUUUCUCUGCAAUUUUUAAAUUUCUUGCUGUCAUCUAUGUGCCCGUACUUUCUGGCAUCAAAGACAAUGCAGAUUGUUUAUAAGGAUGCAGCGCAGCAGUGCUGUUGUAGAAGAUGUUUUAUUGAACCAUGGGUUAUGUUGAAGUGUAGAGGGGUUGAUGAGGAUGUGACAAUGAAGAAAGAAAACCUGGGCAACUUCAUCGAAUGAUUGGAACGUGUUGCUUGUAACAGGAAUACAAUUCUUGAAAUACUUUAGCUUGUGGUUCGUAUCGAACUCGUCUGACGGCCAUCUUGAAGCACAUUCAUAGCAUGUUUUGGGGGUACGACACUGUUCAUUGUAACAGCUUCGCACAUCAUGGUCACUAUUGAAGCCUGGUUAGGGUAUUAGAAUACCUGCUGUAUAAACUUCGAUAGCCCUGGUUUCUUGAUGGGCUACGUCAGGAGCAGUGUGAAAGGAAACACCUGAUUAGCAUUCAGCGCUUUUGUUCCCCUUGAAUCCAUGGCAGUGCCACGGCACAGAUUCCUUGUCACAAUAACAUUUUCGCAAGCAGUGGAAAGUGACAUUAAAACCUGCUUGACUGUAGGAAUCUUUCGAGCUUGGAUUUGCUGUUUUCAUGUGUAAUGUGUUGGUGCGAAGUGUACAUACUGCCAUGUGCAGUUCUUGGAGGUGCACAACCCCUGGCUUGAGACAACCGUUAUCUGUGGACUUGUUUAAAUGGAGUGUUUGCUUGAAUGCCCAGUUUAAGUGUCUCUGUAGUUCUUGCUGCAAAGUAAUGUGUCACCUCCCUCAUUUUCUAUUGCUUAUCGAUUAUGAGGGGUGCUUUCUGUGGCACUUGAGCUGUUUGUGAUUGCUUUUCUUUCCGGUUCUCCCGAUGUUGGACACUCACCUGUAGCUAAUGUACCGGCAGUAUUGGCCUGCUGUGACGACCAAGUGAUGUGCGCUGUAUGUGUUUUUUUUUGGCACCGACAAAAAAACUUGGUAGCAACUCCCGGUACUCCCCGCAAUUCGUAGUUGAAUCUUCAUUCUAUAUACAUAGAGAGGGCAUGUUCAAAUGCCACUUAGCACUUAUGCAAAUUGUGUGGGUGCGUGUGUGUGUGUGUGUGUGUGUGCGCGUGUGUGUGCGUGCGUGUGUCAUGCAUUUGUGAGAUGCUGCAGUUCCCGGGACAAUUGGCGGUGUUCAUGUAUAGUGCAACUCAUACCCCACAUGCAUGUCUGCUUUGUGAGGAUGAUCGAAGCAAGUGCAUUGCUACCGUAAGCUCGCGUGUGUGUCUCUUGGGCGGCACGUGCAGUGGUAUGGAAUAAAGAUAUUUCUGCAUCCAAA